AAAAAUGAAUUAAUAUAACAAUAUAUGACUUGUUUUUGAGUGAAAGUCAUUUAAAACUGAUUGACAUUUGAUUGAGUGUUCAAAACAAAUGUUAAAUCAAUUGAAUGCUUAUAUCAUAUGAUUGUUUGCAUUGAAAUCAAUUCAAUUAACUGACAAUCAAUGCAAUGAAUAGCAGAAAGAUAUCAAACAAUGAGUUCAAACAAAGACUGAGUUUAAGUUCAUUAACAAACAGAUCAACCGAUUCAUUGCCGUCGAGAGUUUUACCGCAAUAUUAUGGCCAUCCUAUCGGUGACCACCACAACAGUCAACACUCGGUGGCCAAUCAUAUGGAUGAAGACGACGAUGACAUCGGGGGUCAAAGUCCUGACAAAAUGAAGACAAUGUUUAAGUCGAUCUGGAAUAACGUCAAGUUCGGGUUUACAACACGACUAAAGACACGUUUCAGUUAUGAAUCACCGAUUUGUCUUUUGGGACAAUUUUAUCACAAAAAACUUACAGACAGUCACUCGACUCGUGACGACAAUCAAUCUAAGAGUUCAGCCAUUGAUUUGUUUAGACAUGACUUUUAUUCGCGCAUUUGGUUUACAUAUCGACGACAAUUUCCCAAAUUAGAUAACUCUAGUCUGACUACAGACACGGGAUGGGGUUGUAUGUUGAGGUCGGCACAGAUGCUAUUAGCACAGGCUUUGCUCAUACAUUAUCUCGGAAGACAUUGGAGAUGGAAAGGGUCUCAGUCUGACAAAGAAGAUAUGAUACAUCGCAUGAUUAUUAAGUGGUUUGCUGACGAUCCUAAUGCCAGUUGCAGUCCAUUUUCUGUCCACCAAUUGGUCAGAUUUGGUGAACAAAUGGGCAAAAAACCAGGCGAUUGGUACGGACCCGCAUCUGUCGCACAUUUACUUAAAAAUACAUUGAGUACAGCAGCAGAAAGUAAUCCUAUUUUGAAUAAUAUUUGUUGUUAUGUGGCUCAAGAUUGCACGGUAUAUAUCGAAGAUGUGAUAACUUUAUGUACAUCUAAUUCAACCUUAAAUCGCGAAACAUUACAUUUAGACAAAAAACGAUUCAGUAAACCAAACGAUGAAAUUAAACGUAAAUUUAGUCUUUCGUCACAAAACUCUUCUGAUAUAGAGAUUGGUCUGAUUGCUCACGAAGACAUGUCUUACGACAGUUUAUUGGAGUCAUCAUCAAAGAGUCGAACGCCUUCAUUGUUAAGUUGCGGUAAAAUGAACUCAACUUUUAACUUAACCGAUACCUCAUACUCCUCGUCUGGUCCCCGCUCUCUACCAUUCAUUGUCAACAAAAGUGCAAACAAUUCGCUUAAGACUGAUUCUUCUCAAAAUAAAUGGCGUGGAGUUGUUAUUAUAGUUCCCGUAAGAUUAGGAUCAGAUCGUCUCAAUCCCAUAUAUAUCUCGUGUGUGAAACAAAUUUUGUCUCACAGUAGUUGUUUGGGAAUAAUUGGAGGAAAACCGAAACAUUCACUAUAUUUCAUGGGAUUUCAAGACGAAAAACUCAUUUACUUAGAUCCACACUAUUGUCAGUCGACAGUAGAUGUCCGACAAAUCAAUUUCCCAUUGGAUUCAUUUCAUUGCGAUAAUCCUUUGAAAACACCGAUCACAUGUAUGGAUCCAAGUUGUGCUUUGGCUUUCUAUUGUCGCACUCAACCAGAAUUCUUUGAUUUUGUCAAAACCAUGAAAGAGUAUCUGAUUCCUCCCAAUCAAUCAGCUGAUUAUCCUAUGUUUGUUUUCAACGAUGGCAGCAAUACUUCAGAUACAAACUAUUUAUCAAAAGAUGACAUUAAACCCGACAGACUUCUUAAAGUGAGACACCGUUUCCUUAAUUCUGAGGGAAGGGUUGAAAGAGAAUUUCAUACCGAAGAGUUUGUUAUGUUAUGAAUGGUUAUAUUUUUACAAAUUUUUAUAAAAUAAUUAUAUAUCGUAAUCAUAUUUAUUUAGCAUUUAUUCUCAUUA